ACACAACACGGUUCUCAUUGUUUCUUCUUCCAACUUUCCCCUAGCUAUAAAGUGUUAUGCAUCUAUCUACAUUUUCAACACAACACAUAAAACAACCUUCAAAAACAUGGCCUCUUUAAAACAAGUUUCAAUCCUAUUAUUCCCUUUUUUCCUCAUUUCCCUAAUCAAAUACUCUCAUGCUGCAGGAAUUGCAGUCUAUUGGGGCCAAGAUGGAGGUGAAGGUUCCUUGGCAGAUGCUUGCAACACAAACAACUACCAAUUUGUAAACAUAGCUUUUCUAUCCACUUUUGGCAAUAGCCAAAACCCACAACUAAAUCUUGCUGGUCAUUGCGAUCCAAGUGUCAACGGCUGCACAAAGUUUAGUGAUGAAAUUCAAACUUGUCAAGGCAAGGGAAUCAAAGUGUUACUCUCUCUCGGAGGUGCCUCUGGUAGUUACUCUCUUAAUUCGGCCGAUGAAGCCACACAACUAGCAACUUACCUAUGGAACAAUUUCCUUGGUGGAACAUCAAGUUCAAGACCAUUAGGUGAUGCAGUUUUGGAUGGAAUAGAUUUUGAUAUUGAAGCAGGUGAUGGUCAACAUUGGGAUGAACUUGCUAAAGCACUUAAUGGUUUUAGUGCGCAAAAGAGAGUUUACUUGUCUGCAGCACCACAGUGUCCUUAUCCUGAUGCUCAUUUAGAUUCAGCUAUUCAAACUGGUUUAUUUGACUAUGUUUGGGUUCAGUUUUAUAAUAAUGGUCAGUGUCAAUACUCAAAUGGAAAUAUUGGCAAUCUUGUUAAGGCUUGGAAUCAAUGGACUUCAAGUCAAGCUAAACAAGUGUUCUUAGGUGUUCCUGCUAAUAGUGCUGCUUCUGGUUUUGUUCCUUCUGAUGUUUUGAACUCUCAAGUUCUUCCUGCUAUUAAGAGUUCUCCUAAUUAUGCUGGAGUCAUGAUUUGGAAUAGAUUUGCUGAUGGAAAUAGUGGAUACAGUAAUGCUAUUAAGGGUAGUGUUUAAUUAACUAGUUAAAUCUGUAGUCUUUAUUACGUAUUUGGAAUAAGUAGCAUGUUCAGUAGGAUUUGUUCCUACAUAUUAAUAGGUGCUAUGUGAUCAGUGAUCGCUUUGUUUAUCUCUCACCUAUCAUUGGAAGUGUCUUUGCAAAUUUUAAAUGAGAAUUUAUAUAAUCUAUACCUAUAU